UAUGUCGUAAAAUCACGCUCGCGAAGUCACGAUCAAAAGUGCGCUGCUAACGGGAAUUUCCGAUUUAAUGAAGUGGAUGCUUAUGGUGCACGGACUAUAUAGUGGCUUCUGAAGAUCUUGCAACUUUCACAUCAAAGUAAAUUGUGAGACAUUGCUGACAUCAAUCCCGUCUACUCAGAGCGCAGUUGGCAUCGUCACCUGACAGGUCAAACUCAGGUGACUCAUCACAAGCUGAAGCUUCACACGACUGUCUUGUGAUUGGAUGUCCAUCGUCUGAAAAGUCGCAUUCUUUGUAUACAUAGCUAUUCCCACCAUGAGCUGUGAAAUUAGGAACGAAGAGUGUCCGGUUCAAAUACACUGCUUAUUUCCCACGGCUGCUGAUACUGAUACACGACCUUUUUCUCUUUACUUUUAUUCUUCCCAGGGAAGUCAAGAACUAGUACUUGGCUGUGCUUACAAGGAAAACCAUACAUGCUUUCACCAAGAAGGAUUCGAGAUCACGCAUAAAGGUUUUAACUAUGCCACCAUCACAGUUCCUGACACAUUUGCAACAAGCAAUGGUUCAUUUGUUUGCAAGAAAGGAUACAUUGAUACGCUUAAAAAUUGUUCGUACCAUCCUUCAGAAAUCUGUAAUACUACUAGCAUCUGGAAUACUACUGGAAUCGGUCUUGGGACGACUACAAAAGGUAUCAACCCUACAGUUCUUGUUGGUGUGAUUCUAGGAUUAAUCGUCGUCAUGUCGAUUAUCAUCUUCUGUUGGGUGUCCAAGACAUACAGAUGUUAUGGGUGUUCCAAGAAAUCUCCAAUAUACACCGUUCCUCCACCAGUCUUCCCUAGCGAGGAAUACAACAAACCUUGUCUUGAGAAAGAAAACACAGGAAACCAUGUAAACCAAACGACGACUGACCCUGCAUCAUCUAGCCUCAAUGGAGGCAUUGUGGAAACAAAGAAAGUGUUCGAUUGGGAUAACGAACUGACCAUCAAUGAACAGAAAGAAAAUGUCGACCAGCAGCACGCAUCUACUGACACCAAGAUCAGUGGUGCUUCUCCUGGGUUGCAACUUUCGCCCUCUUCAUCCGUUAGUAGGACAUCUUGCGCAAGGAGUGAUACAUCAGUCACUAACAUCCUACACGGAGUUGGAAAAGAUAUUAAAAAGUAAUGUUUCAAUGACAAUUCAGGAACGCCUCUCUAUCUGUCGAUAUCUUUCGCCAAUUUGCCUUCUGAUUUGAAGAACUGGAUGACCUGAAAAAUUACACCGGAAAGACUAUUUUAAGAGAUUAUGCUGUCAAAAGUAAUGCAGAUGUCAGUGAGGUAUUUUAAUGCUCACUUUUCCCGGAGAAAAAAGAGUAAGUGAUGUAUGAGAUGCUAAUGGAUGAAUGAGAAGUAAUUCUGUAACACAACACACAACGGUAAUGGGGAAAAGAAGGUAAGCCCCUUAUCUUUAACAACGCUUUCUUUCGUGAUGUCAGUUCUUCUUUUCAAAGAAAAUAAAACUAUCCUGAUUACUUUCUACUGCGUGCAUCUAGUCACUGUUUGACAAAAGUGUUAAAACAGCUUGAUCGCAGAACUGACUCACUGUUUAUGACCUUUUGAGAGCCUCUGUUACAGAUUACAGAUAUUAGUCUAAAAGUUAUUGGAAGAGUUUAUUACACGUGUAAAUAUUUGAAAUCUUAAUUUUUAGCAUGGUACAGACGAUUGUAUUCGACCUCAUGAUUAUUUCUCUUUCAUCUGUCUUUAAACCUUAUUUUAUCGCCUGGUAUGUGUACUGGAGAUGUUUGAUAGAAAUGACGUCCUAAAAUAUCUCCAAUACAAUCUCCUAUACAGACUUUUGACCAGAGGCGUGUGCAGUAAUGUAUAUAAGGUAUGCUGGUGAUCUGUAAAUCUGUGAAAUAAAAGUCU